AUGAAAAUAUGCCGUGACACGAAAGAAAUUAUUGAUCAAGGUACGUGAUACAAUUUUUCAAUCUGCGCGGGGUUUAAGUGGCAGAUUGAGAGAAAACUUUUAUGGUAAACUAAAACGGUAGAAGAAAAAUUAUCUGCUAACCGCUAUAGGGUACCGAAAAAAGAGGUAAAAGAGAUGAAGGUUAUAUUGUUUUCAAUAGGUUUUUUAAAAUUAAGAUUGUCAAGAAAACUGAAAGAAUAUAUCACGGGAAUAAGAAGAAUUACUUUUGACAGGAAAAAAGUUUUGGAAAAGUUAGCGGUCAAAAAUGAUAUCUGUUUUCGAGUACUAACUUUCACUGACCAGAACUAGCUGACAUAUAAUUUUUUCAGAAUGAUCUCUAAAAAUAUGGUCGCGAUUCCAAAAAAAAAUGUAUUCAGGUCGGACUUCCAUCCUUCAUGUUCUUUGCGAACUUCGUAAAGUUUUUGCGAUUUCUGGCAAUUUUCGAUAUAUUCUUAACGAUCUUUUCAUUGACGACUAUUGCCAUUGGAUCCAAUCUGUCGAAGAGAACAUAAUCAAAUGGCUCCAAAGCCACUUUUCUGAUUGCGAGGUUGGUAGAACAUAUUUGAGAUGUGUACUGUUUUUCUUUCAGAUCGAUAAAAGUUUUGUCGGCUUAGAUUUGGAAUCCCUCGAGAUUCAAGCCAAAAUGGAAGAAAUGAAACUUACGACUAUUGACAGCGACGAUGAGAACGUCUGAAAUUUUUUAAAAUUCUUGUUAUGUUGUUGAGAUGACUUUGUUAUUUGUUUGUGCGUUUGAUAAAUGAAUAACUCUUCAAGUUUUUAGAAUUUUUUUUUCGAAAGUUGAUCUCUUUCAAUAUUUUUUCAUCUCUUUUUAUCUCUUUAUCUCAUAGUUUCAGAAAUGUCGAAGCACGUUUACAAGCAGUACCUAAGGGUUAUGAACCAGUGGCCUAAAGACGCGAAUAAAAAGCCCGGAACGGUUAGAAGCUCUCAAACUUCUCUCAAAAAAACAUGUUUUUGUAACGAAUAUGAAGUAUUAUUAUAUAUUUAGUUUGAUCAUGCAUGCGGUCUAAUAACUUUUUCAAAGAAUUAGGUGACAAAAACACUUGAAAUGAAAAAAUGAAAUGCAAAUUAGGCUUUCUGUUUUAUACUAUAUUUCCGGUCUAACUUUUCUCGUUUUAGGGAUUUUGCUGCUCAUUUGGACAAAGAGAUCGAACGACAUUUCCACGGCAACGUUGCGACUUUUGAUAAUGCUCUUUGUGAAAGGCGUCUCGACGGUUUUCAAAUCUAUAAUCAAAAAAAAAAACGUUUUUUUUUCAGCAUUGAAGAAGUUGCAAGAAAACGCAGUGAUGCGACGUUUCCCCCAUGUUCAUACUUCCGGUGUAUUCGGAUUACGGCUAGCAGAUCUGGAGGUCCUUUUUUUCCCAUUUUAGAGUGACUUCCUCAUGUUUCAGAAGGCAAGUAGCGACGAGAACAGAAAACAAAUGGGUCUCAACCAGAAAAAAGGAGUUCUUCGUCAACUUUGGAGCAGUGUAGUUAGCAAAAAAUCAUGA